AUGUCACUGAGAAAAAUCAUCAAACACCUUCCCUCCAUUUCCAUUACCAAAUCUUUCCAUCGCUUUGCUUCUUCCCUUUCUGUCCUCUCAACUCAGGUCACGCCAUCCGAGCCAGACCCUUAUUCUCUUCUAAAGCAGGAUCCGAUUGACAUCUGCCUUUCGAUUUGGGUCAAAUCUUUCUCUUCACCGCCUACAGCCACUUUCACAAACCUCACUGGCUUCCUCUCGAAGUUCGAUCUCUGGGUCUUAGCCUAUCAACGAUCAUGCGCUCAUGUGACCGGGACGUUCCCUCCCCGCAACGCUAUCCACUCCCAGACUCUCCAUUCCCUUCUCUCCCUCCGGAACGCUGUAGUCAACGGCCGCCGUUUCAAGUGGAAUGACAAGACCCAUCAGCUUAUUCGUAGCCCAAACGACAAGCCGUCCACGAGUUUAAUGUCAAAGAGGAAACUUCAGGCCAUGAUUCAAUCCCCCGACCCCUGUUUUCAAGACAGGGUUGUUCAAGAGGUACUUUUGAUGGUCCUGGAACCGAUUUUUGAACGUCGAUUUUCAAGCAAAUCUCAUGCCUUUCGGCCUGGAAGGAGUGCCCAUACGGUUAUCCGGACUAUUCGGAGUAACUUUGCUGGAUACCUUUGGUUUCUAAGAGGUGAUUUAAGUGAGUUGUUUGAUAAUGUGGACCCAAAUGUAAUCAUGGGUUGUGUUGAAAAGGUUGUACAAGAUAAGAAAGUUUUGAAUUUGAUUAAAUCAGGACUUAAUGAGCGUUGUCAGAGAAUGAAGAGUGACGUUGCUGAUGGUGAUGGUGGUGAUUUGAAGAGCAAGAGGAAGAAAAAGAGAAAGGCUACUAAGAAGAAGAUUUUGAAUGAGAAUGAGCCGAAACCAGACCCUUAUUGGUUGAGGACUUUCUUUGAUUUUGCUCCUGAGGAAGCUGCUAAGGUACCUACUUAUGGUUUUUGUGGAAUUUUAAGUCCUUUACUUGCUAACGUCUGUCUCAAUGAAUUAGAUCAAGUGAUGGAAGAUAAAAUAGUAAAGUUUUUUAGGCCAUCUAAGCAUGAUUCAAUAUGGAAAGAUACAAUUAAUGAUGGAUGUCAUAAUCCAUCUUGGCCUGAGUUUGUUCCUUCAAGUGGUAGAGAGAAAACUAGGAAGAUGGAUUACAUAAGAUAUGGAGGUCAUUUCUUGAUUGGUAUUCGAGGACCCAGAGAGGAUGCUGUGCAAAUUAGAAAGGAAAUAAUUGAGUUUUGUGAAAGCGAAUUCGGGAUAAGGUUGGAUAAUUCUAAGGUGGAGAUAGAGCACAUUAGUAGAGGAAUUCAAUUCUUGGACCAUAUAAUUUGUAGGAGAGUAAUACACCCCACCCUUCGUUACACAGCUAGUGGAGGGAACAUUGUGAGUCAAAAGGGUGUAGGGACUUUACUGUCAGUCACAGCUAGCUUACAGCAAUGUAUUCGCCAGUUCAGGCGGCUUCAAUUUGUCAAGGGUGAUAAAGAUCCCGAGCCUCUGCCUUGUACCCCAAUGCUCUACUCCAGUCAAGCUCAUACAAACUCACAGAUGAAUAAGUUUCUUGAGACCGUGGCUGAUUGGUACAAAUAUGCUGAUAAUCGCAAGAAAGUUGUUGGCUUUUGUGCUUAUGUGAUACGUAGCUCUUUGGCUAAACUCUAUGCUGCAAGGUAUAGGCUUAAAUCUCGUGCAAAGGUGUAUAAUAUAGCUUCACGUGAUCUUAGUCGUCCAUUGAGGGAGAGUAGCAACAAUUCUGCCCCUGAAUACUCUGAUCUGUUGAGGAUGGGACUUGUGGAUGCAAUUGAAGGUGUUCAGUUCUCUCACAUGUCUAUGAUUCCAUCUUGUGAUUACACUCCAUUUCCAAGGAACUGGGUACCAGACCAUGAACAGCUUUUGCAAGAAUAUAUUAGACUACAAGACCCUAAAUUCUUCUGCGACUUGCAUAGAUCGAUAAAACGUGAAGGCCUAAGUUUGCCGCAGGAUGAGAUAGCUGGCAUUGUGUGGGAUUAUAAGACUCUUGGAAUUUGGAGAUAUCAGUCCAAUAGUGGCAAAGAAGUAAAGGAGGGUUCAUAA